ACCGCGCAGUGAAUUUAGCGGCCUCGAAUUUUGGGAAUUGGAAAAAAUUCUAAGAAAACCUGAGUACCAAUUGUCGGAAUUUAGAUGCCAUGGCGUUUUAGGAUGCGGCGCGUAUGGGAAGGUAUUCAAAGUCAAGCGUAAGAAUACCUCCCAAAACUAUGCUAUGAAGUUUGUCAAUAGACGAUAUGUAAAUGGCACUGAGGAUAUGGCCUCUAUAAAGUGGAUUCGAGCAGAAUUACAUGUUCUUGAGACUGUCAAGAACCAUCCUUUCCUGGUUGGCCUUCAUUCCUUUUACCAAACUCCCCACAAGUAUAUAUUGCUGAUGGAUUACAUAUCUGGUGGAAAUCUUAGAUGUAUUCUGAAUAGAUAUGGACGACUGGUGGAGGACCAUGCCAUAUUCUACGGAGGAGAAAUCGCAAUUGCUUUAAAUUUUCUACACGACAACGGGAUCAUUCAUCGUGAUCUAAAACCCGAAAAUAUACUCAUAGACCGUGAGGGCCAUACCAAACUAGCCGACUAUGGAGCAUGCAUGGUAUAA